GUGCAUGGCAAGGACGUCGAGGCUGGCAAGGAACUCGUUGAUGCCCUCCUGAAGCGGCUAUCUCCCCUCGAGCGCGAGUUGGACCUCACCCGGGCCAGCCCGAAGCCUCCCAUCGCCAUUUCGACGGCACGGGCGCCGAAAGCGGACGACCGCAUCCUCGUUGCGAACGCGACGGAGGACGUGCCGAAGGCUAGGGUCCAGAAGGGGCUCGAGCAGUGGAUCCGCGACGUGGGGUGCGCUUUCGACUCCCAG